AGCACACAGUUCCUCUCCAUGAUAGCAGGGUUAUACGUGGAUAAGGCAGAGGAGCACAGCUUGUCCCCUCCAGUCACAGCAUGUCCCUUCUCCUGCCCUACGGAUGCCAGCACAUUUGUGCCCAGCCUCUAUGGACCUUGUAUCUUUGCUAUUUAGGAAGCUGGCAUUCAAACUUCCCAGCUCCUGCAUGCCGCUGAACCUCGUGCUUUCCAAACAGCCUGUGCCACACAUCCCAGGGCACAUGGGUGCACUGGGACCCAGAUUUCAUGGACUGUCCAAAUCCUCCUGCCUGUGCACAGUUCGAGUUGUACCACAUACCCCUAAAGCUGUCCCUCUCAAAACUCCUCCUUUGGCUCACCUUGUGUGGCAACACAAAGCCCAGAUAACUUUCUCUUCUCCCCCUCUAGCGGCCAUAGCCUCCACGGACAUGGGGCUUCUGCUGAGAGAUGAUGUUUUUGUUGACUUUUUCAACACGUUUCUGAAUCUUCCCGUUUUUGGCCAGACACCCAUUUACAUCAGUGGCACGGGCCAGUGGGACCUCUGGCCAGGGCUGUCGAGCCACCUGGAUCCCAGCCCCACGGCUUUACUGGCUUGGUUGGAAAAGCACCGGCUGCCUCACUUCUGCAAAUCCAGCCUGUGCCUCCACCUCGUCCUCUGCCAGAAGCUCCUGGGUUUCAUUCGGUCGGGGGAAGCAGCAGAACUCCUGAACUGGCAAAGCGCUGACCAGUGGCUGCUGGAGAAGUGCAUCAGCGGGAGCCAGGGCAUGCGGCACUUCCGAGCCUUUGUCCAAGGAACAGCAGGGGAAGAAUUGACCGACUUCUGGCUCACCACCGAAAGGCUCCUGGGUCUGGAUGAGUCAGAUACGAGUCAGAGGGACCUCUACCUAUCCUUGAUCCACAGGCUGAAAGCCUCUCACCUGCGUGAAGGCUCCAGUGUCAUCACCCUCUGCACGACCAUCACUGGAUCACUGCCAAAAGCCAAGCACAUCCAGUCCAUCAGCAGUAGAAGAGACAUCCUAAGAAAGAUGCAGGAACAGGUCCUCUUUACGAUUCAGAGUUACUGGCUCCCUAAAUUCUUCAGCCACUGCAAGAUGGGAAUAGAAGAAGAGGAAUCAUGCCAGCCUUUGCUGCAGGAAUAUCAGGAGCGUUUAUUACAUGCUGACUGUCAGGAGCCCUCAGGCUUUUUGGAGACCCCCCCCACGAUGCAUAUCAAAAGGAGCCAGCGCUCGUCAGGGCCCUACUGCGGCCAGAAGGCCAAAACAAAGAUCUGGGCUCUGGUCAAGGAGAGAAGAGGCACCCAAGAGAUGAAGAUGCCCCGUUUUCGGGUGAAACCAGAAAGGCAGCCAGGGUCAACUAGGAGCACAAGGGAACCGCAUCUGGAUAAGGAUGCUUUGGGAUCAAUUCCUCAGCCGUCAGAGCAUCCUGCAAAUGCUGCCUUUAAUGGCAAAGGGGGAGUAACUCCUCCCAGAAGACCUAGUGCAGAGCAGAUCAGUCAUCUGGAAGACCUCUGUGAGGAAAAAAUCCUCUCUAACCUGCCUUCCUCUGCACCUCUUGUCCAGCUGCCCUCCCUGAAAGGAUCAGCCAAGACCUUGAGUUUCCUUCCCUGGGCCCUCAGUGCUGACACCUGUGCAGGACAACCCUUCAGAGACUUCUUGAAGCACCAGGACCGGCCCAUGGAGACUCAUCUCCUGGACCUGUGGCACGACCUGGAGGAAUUUCUGCCCGUGGUGCUAGACUCCAGCAGAGAAAACAACUUCUUCCUCCGUCAUUUGACCGGGGAUAAGAUAUGCAAGUCCUACCUGGAGGAGGACAACAUUGAGAAGCUUCCCUUGGAGACCAGGACUCUUACGGGUUUGUGGAACCAUCUGAUGUUUGGAGAAUUCUCCCCCUGGAUAUUCAGAGCCCAGAAGGAGAUUUGCAAGGUGCUCUGCUGCUUCUAUGAGGAAUUUCUGGCUGCUGAUGAUAGGACGUUCCUCCAGUUUAUGUCUCCAGGUGGUGAUGUCCCAAUGCCCGAGAUGCAAGGCCACACUGCUGACAGGAGUGAAUGUUUCCUCCUGUCCCAGAGGAUAAACCAGACCUUGAAGCUGUGCCAGGCCUUGCAUGGCACGAGGAACUUGGAAGGUGUCUCCUCUGAGUACUGGCAAUUACUUGCUUCUCGGGACCUCCGGAAAGGGGGCUCCACCCAGGCAGAGAUGGAACUUCUCCUGUGCAGCCCAGACUUCCAGAAGAUGAUGUCAGAGGAGCUGGCUGUGGAUAGCCCAAGCAAGGAUGAUGAGCUUGUGCAUCUCCUAAGUGCAUUACUUGCUGCUGGACCUGAGGGGAGUGCUGGAGCAAUGAAGCUCCCCGCUGCUGCAGUAAAGAAGCGAGCUAAAAGACACAGGGUUAAGCAGCAGCAGCAGGACCGGCAGCAGGAGGAGCAGCAGGAGGAGCAGCUGCAGGAGCUGCUCGCCUUGACCAAAAAGCCGAAGUCCAGGCGUCGUGUGCAGAGAACCACCGCUGUCCGGCGUGAGGCACGGAACAUCAAGACACGGAAACUCAAAGGAGAGAACCUCGAGGCAGAGAACCUCGAUACAGAGAGCCUUGAGGCAGAAAACCUUGAGGAAGAGAACCUCGAGGAAGAGAGGAUGCAGUGGGCCUGGGAUGCCAUUCGUGAACUCGUCAGGAGCUUCUGCAAGUUCCAGAGGGAGAUGGAAAAUGACGAACGCCGUGCAGAGUUUGAGAACUUUCUCUGUUGGGAACGAAGAAACCAGAGGGAAAACUUGCCUGUGAGCUCGAAGCAGAGCAAGAGGCCCGCGAGUACCUCCCGCAAGGGCAAAGCCCGCCUGGAAAACGUGGUGCUGGUGAAACGCUGCAUAUUUGACAAAGAGGUCAUUGUUGUCAACUUCCUCGUGGACGACCUCCACUUUUACCUGGAGAUGGACAAGUUUUCUCGGCUGGCUGAUGCAGUGGAAGCUCUGGCAGCCUGCAACAUAGUGUCAGAAAGGAAAAUUGCUUUUCUUAAAAAGAAAGUUGCUGUCAUCAACAAGCUCUUCCUAGACUCUGAUAUGCCCCCGAAGCUGCGGGUGAACAUCUCUGAAAAAGAGAGAGAAUUGAUCUGGCGUUUAUCUUCCAAGGGGCCACUGACCCGUGCCAUCUACCACAAGGCCAAGGCCACCAUUGUCCCCAUCCUGAUGUACUUCUGGAAAAGGUUCUGCAUCUGGAAAGUGAUGAGGAGCUUUCGGGUCUGUGAGGAGGACAGGAGCUUUCAGGCCUCUAAGAAGGACAUGGUGCCAGUCUCUAAGAAGGACAGGGGACCAAUCUCUAAGGAGGACAGGGGACCAGUCUCUAAGAAAGACAGUGGACCAGUCUCUAAGAAAGACAGUGGACCUGUCUCUAAGAAGGACGGGGGACCAGUCUCUAAGAAGGACGGGGGACCAGUCUCUAAGAAGGACAUGGUGCCAGUCUCUAAGAAGGACAUGGUGCCAGUCUCUGAGAAGGACAGAGUGCCAGUCUCUGAGAAGGACAAGGUGCCGGUCUCUUCGCUUCCUACAAAAACCUCCUCCAAAUUAUCCAAGAUCCGCACUCCCCGUCGGCCAAGGCCCAUUCCCAUUGCUCCAGAUUUUGCUCCAGGGAAAAGCCCUGUCCUUGUCUUCUCGCUCACAGAAGGCCUCCAGAUCAUGAUGCCAGAGCCCCAGAAGAAAACUGAGCCUUUGGAGGAGCAAGAAGAUGCAGAUAAAAAUCUUGAGAAGAGGCCCUCCCUCAGCAAGUGAGCGGGCACCAAGGAAAGGACAACCCUCCCUAGAACAACAGCCCUCCCAAAACACCACCCACAGGGAGUGGUACAGGAGUGUGAUCCAAGGAAGCUGAGCAGCCUGGCCACACUGAAUAGUUUGUACUUAAUCAGCAGGAAGACCUAAAAAUAAAGCAACUUCAGCUUA